AUGAACAAAGAAGAUUUCAAGGAAUGCGGUUUUAAAACUGGUCCAUCAAUGAGACUUGUAAAUGUUGUUAAGGAGCUUAAUAACCAAAAAUCUUCAGUAGCUAAUAUCAAAUCUGGCUGGGAAGAACUCUGUGAAGAACUUCGUGAAGAACUCCUUAAUGAACCUCGUGAAGAACUCCUUAAUGAACUUCGUGAAGAACUCCUUAAUGAACUUCGUAAGGAACUCCGUGAAGAAUUUCGUAAUCUUUGUGAUAUUCUCUAUAAAAAUCCUAGAAGAUAG